AUGCCGCCCACGGCCAAGACGACUGAUGUGGUGGUGGUCGGUGCAGGCUUCUCCGGCCUUGCAGCUGCUCGUGCGCUCCGCUCGGCCGGUCUCGACGUUGUCGUUAUCGAUGCUCGCACCAGGGUUGGCGGCCGGGCUCGGACGGCCAACCUUUUUCGUGCAUGCAACACUGUACAUGCAGAUGACGGCGCGAGGACGGAUGCUGGCAAUGGCAACCACGACGGAUCGCAUUUUGUCAAAGAUCGGCGUGCUGGAAGCCCAUCAGCUACGGUGUCGAUCGACGCAAGCAAUAGCCAGACCGUGGCGUGGUCAGAGGUGAUCGUGCUCCCGGCGACGGACGAUCCGGACGCCGAGGCUGUGAUCGAGGCCGAGGCGCUGCUUCUCGGGGCCAAGUUUGAUUCGGGCGCUGCCUAUAUCGGCCCGCGCCAUGUUCAUGCUCGGCUGUGGGAGCUUGUUGAUGAGUUUGGUCUCGAGACGUGGGCCGUGCCGGUCGAUGGCCUCAACGUGCUCGUCCGCUCGGCGGCAGACGGUGGCAUCCUCACCUACUCUGGUACCAUCCCGGGUCUUUCAUGGCUUGCGCUUCUUGAUCUCAACCACGCGCUCCGCUGGCUGACUGAGAACUGCGUCAAAGUACCACUGGACAUGCCGCAUCGCGCGCCGCGCGCCGCCGAGUGGGAUGCUGUCACGGUGCAGGCCUGGAUGGACCGGACGAUGUGGUCGGCAUCGGCCAAGGCCCUCCUUGCCUCGGCUGUUCGCGCCGUGCUCUUUGUUGAACCGGCUCAGAUUUCACUGUUGUUUUGGUUGGCGUACUGCCACCACGGCCAAGGCCCCAUCAUGCUCGCCGAGACCCGCGGCGGCGCGCAGGAGUCCAAGAUCACGGCCGGCAUGACUGCUGUUGCCACGAGCAUAGCCGAAGCCAUCGGCCCACACGCUUUCCACCUUGGCGAUCCGGUUCUUUCUAUCGCUCAGGAUGAUGAUGGCGGCAGCGUUGUGUGCGCGUCAGGCACAGUCGUCAACGCCCGCGCUGUCGUCGUCGCUAUGGGUCCAUCGCUCGCCGGCCGGCUCAGCUACGACCCACCGCUCCCGCCGCGCAAGACUCUCAUCACCCAGAGCAUGCCCAUGGGCGCCAUCAUCAAGUGCGUUAUGUGGUAUCCGACUCCGUUCUGGCGACUCCGUGGAUUCUCGGGCAUGGUGGUGAAUAGCGAUGUGUCAGCCGGGCCCAUCUCGGUCGCCUUUGACGACUCGCUCCCGGGCACCGACGCCGCAGCACUCGUCGGCUUCAUCUCGGCGUCGGCAGCCAUCGAGUGGGGCCAGAUGAGCCGGAAGCAGCGUGCGCAGGCUGUAGCCGCACAGUACGCAUUCAUCUUUGGCAGAGAAGCCGGCACGCCGUCGCCCAUUGCCUACGCCGAGCACGACUGGCUGGAGGCGCGCUGGUCGUGGGGAGGUCCGACAGGAGCGGCACCGCCAGGCGUGCUCACAACGGCCAGCGGAGAGUUAGCGACGCGCCAUGGCUGUGUUCAUUUCGCCGGCACAGAGACCGCCUGCGAGUGGCAGGGUUACGUCGAGGGUGCGCUCGAGGCGGGCUACAGGGUGGCGAGCGAGGUUGCGGCAACGCUGGGCGGGCGAGUCGACGCCCGUUACAUCCGCUCACCAUCAGGAUGGCGCGGUCGGCGUGUGCCGACGCUCCCGCUACCCGACCGCUGGCUGCCGUCUCGGCGCUGA